AUGAGAUUGGACACUCCAACCAGUCCAUCAUCAUCAUCAUCAACUCUUGAUCAAAAUUCCAAUGCUAUUCAGAAUAGUGAUUAUGAAGAUGCUUGUAUAUUUCCUAUAGAAGUCAAUGAAGAAGUACAAUCGUCACCAUUCAAACGAUCACCUAAUCAUCAAUAUAGAAAUAACCGUAAUCAAAACAAGUCACCAAAGAAUAAUAAUACUACUAACUUUAAUCAAUCAACAUACACUCCUAACCGAUUCCCUUCUCGUCAUCAAAAGAACAAGUCAUAUUAUUCUUCCUCUCCUCCAAAUAAUGCUAGAAAACACAAGUCAAAAUCCUAUAUUGAUUUUGAUCAAUUCCAACAACAAAAUCAAUUCUAUGAAAUUCAUAAUGGACGUCAUAGAUAUGAUUAUUUAGUUAUUAUUGAUUUUGAAGCUACUUGUGAUAAUGGAGUAAAUCCAGUUAUUACUCGUGACAAUCAGGAAAUGAUUGAAUUUCCAUUUGUUGUUUUUGACCUUGCAUCAAUGGAGGUAAUUCAUAAGGAACGAUACUAUGUAAAACCAACUUGGAGUGAUAAAUUGACACCAUUCUGCACUCAACUAACAGGUAUUACUGAUGAGAUUUUAGAAAAGGAAGGAAUUUCUCUCAGUAAUGCCAUUCAAAACUUCCAUAACUAUGUCAAGAAAACUUUUACAGAUGGUAAAACUUUUUGCAUUCUAACUGAUAGUGAAUGGGAUAUCAAGGGAUUACUCAUCAAGGAAGCAACAACAAAGGGUAUUUCAUUCGACUCAUAUUUCAGAACUUUUUAUGAUUUGAGAAAGGAAUAUUCCAAAUGCUAUCCAUAUGCCUUUGUUCGUGGUUUGAAAUCUAUGGUUGAUCAAAGUGGUUUGUCUUUUGUUGGCCAACACCACAGUGGAUUGUGUGAUUGUUUGACAAUCUCUGAAAUUGUAAAGAGAAUGAUUUAUGAUGGUCAUAUUUUUGAAGAACCAAUUGUCGUUUCUGACUAUUAUGACCCUUUCAGAGAUAAUUCAUUCACAGAAUUUAUCCAAAAACCAGUAUAUAAUACCACCAAAUCUUCUGGUCUUUAUGAAAAGGGUUUUUCGAGCGUGUAAACAAUCACCAAAAGUCUAAACAGACUUGUUUAGCACAUUUCGAAAUUCUCAACACAAGAUUGGAUUCUAGGAUUAAACAGCAUCGCACUAAGAAAAAUACAUCUAAGCCAACCCUAGAUUAUCCAACCAAUAUAAUCUGAUUCGAAUUACACUCGAGUGUAAUGUAUGAAUGCAGUAAACUUCACACAUUAAUUUAUUA